UCAUCACGUCCCUUUGUCUUCCACUCUUCCUCUGCUACUUAAAACCGCUCAAUUCUUUUUACACUCUAAACGAAAACCCUCCAAAGUUCAAACCCUAAAAACCCUAGUAUUUGAAUCGAUCGAAGAAAUUUUCUUUGCCCCUUUCAGAAUUCAGAACAACAUGAAAAGCCGAAAGGUUGACAAAUCUGAGGAAGAGCAACGAGCAGAAGCUUCUCAACUAGCCCUUGCACAGUGGGUUUGCUAUAGUAAACUGGCACCUCAGGCAGUUAUUAGUGACUCUUUCAAACGACUCAUGCGUUCACUGAAUCCAAACAUAUCCUUCAAGUUCGAGACCCUUGAGAGCAACUGCCUGAAGUUGUUCGAGGAAGAGCAACUUAAGGUGAAGGAUGCUUUCUCAAAACAUGGUGGACAGAUCAGCCUCUCUGUGGAUGUGCUUUAUGAUCAGACACAAUAUCAGGAAUAUCUGUGCUUAAGUGCUCAGUUCAUUGAUGAUGAUUGGAAACUGCGAAAUUGGGUGAUUAGUUAUUGUUGUGAUAACGGUGAGGAUAUGUUCCUAAUAACUGAAGCUAUUCUGAAGUCUCUGAAAGAGUACAAUAUUGAGAGCAAAGUACUUACUUUGACUGUUGGUGGUGAUACUGACUUGGCUGAUGUUGUGAAGGAGGGUAUUCAUAAGGAGAAACUCCCCAUGAAUAGCCAACUGUUUCAUGUGCAGUGUGGGUGUGAUAUUAUAAGUCGAAUGGUUCAGAUAGGAUUGGAGGAGAUUGAUAAAAUCAUUGACAAAGUUAAAUUGUUAAGUUGGUCCAAAUCAUUGCCCUUAUGGUACCUCACAACUUUUAAGCUUUCAGAGGCCUUGCAAUUGCAGGAAAUGGGGGAGUUUUCUUCAGUUAAAGAUGAUGGUUUUUAUGAAUUACCAUCAAAGGAAGAAUGGGAGAAAGUCAGGAACAUGUGCAAAAUUUCUGAUAGAAUUUAUGAGAUUGUUGAAAGGUUAUUUGAACAAAAGAGGCCUACACCUAAUCUCUUUCUACCACACUUUCAGGAGAUUCGAGCUUACCUUAACAAAGAAUCAAGCAGUUCAGAUGAAUUUGUGAGCUUUGUGGCAAAGAAAAUGCUUGAUUUCUUCAACAAGUACUGGGAUGAUACGUGUUUAGUGCUUUCAAGUACUGCAUUUCUUGAUCCUCGUUACAAGAUGAAGUUCAUAGAAUUCUGUCCGUCUGACUCAAGGGGAACUACUUAUUUGGACAACAUUCGCAAGGUAUAUGAUAGCUAUGUGAUGCAAUGUGAUCAAAAGGAGUAUGUAUUGAGCGAUUCGAGUUCUGAUUCUGAAGAUGAUGAAGAGGAAAUUGAGGAAGAGGAAACUGAAGAAGGGUCUGAAACACAUGCCAAGAAAAAACCCCGUGACAUUCUUGAAAACCUGAGUUUACUAAAAGAGUAUUGUCAGGCAAUGGAAUCAUCUGAGAAUGAUAAGGCUCAAAAGACUGAAUUUGAUAUGUACUUAGAGGAGCCUAUUGUGCCAUGGAAGGGGAAUUUCAGUGUGCUUCACUGGUGGAAAGAUAACUGCACUAAGUAUCCUCAGCUUUCAAGGAUGGCUCGGGAUUUUCUAGCUAUUCCUAUGUCUGUUGCUACUUCUUAUGAUGCGUACUACACUGAGCAAAGGGAACCUGAUUCGACAUUGUUGUCUCUGAAACCUGGACUGAUGAAUGCGUUGAAGUGCACCAGGAGCUGGAAACUUGGUGCUAUAAAACAUAAAUGAGAAGACUUGCUGCUGCUGCUAGUAGGGGCUAGUACCACCGCGAAAGAGUUCAUUUUGGGACCGUCACUGGAGGAACAUGAUUUUGGAAGUAUAGUACAGCCUUCUGCUUAUUAAGAUCCUUUUUGGUAGACAAUUAUUAAUAUUAAACUUCAUUAGCUAAUAUUUUCUGGAUUAGUGGUUUUCCAUGACUAGUUUCGAUCAAAAUUUUCAUGACGAAUACUGUUGGGAGUUUAUUCUAGUUCGUUUACAGCUUGAUUUGAAUGUCACAGUUUUAAUCACUCCAUAGUUUAUGGUAAUGUUCGGCUUGUUUGUGUUA